AUGGAACUCACCGAUUCGAACGAUUCAAAGCCCGAGAUUCGUUCACCUCUCGGCAUCGAUCUAAACGAGAUCCCUUCUUCUUUUACCGAAGCCCUACCCGAAUCCGACUCUGCCGAACCCGAUUCGUUUUCAAUAGUUCGGGCUAUCCACGAGAACUCCGAGCCGGCCCUAGGUGAGCCCGCGGGUGUUCCCGUAGGGAAGGAAGAGGAGCAGUGUGGCGCGUGUGGGAAGUCGGUGGCGGCGGGAAAAGCAGGAAGAGGAAGAGUGGUGGUUUGUGACGGCUGUGAGCGAGGUUUUCAUCUGGCAUGCGCUGGGUUUUCCGAAAGGUUGACUGCGGCCGAGGAGUGGGUUUGUGGAGAGUGCGUCGAACACGGUGUACGGAGUAAACGGUGGCCGCUUGGAUUAAAGGCAAAGAAGCGUAUUCUUGAUAUCAAUGCUUCCCCGCCAAGUGAUGUUGACGGUGAUGGUGAGGAGGUGCAGGAUUUAGUGAGAAAGCACACACCGAAUGACAAUUCUUUUGUUGGCAAUGGGUUUGGUGCCCCAUUGACAUAUUCAAAUUCCUUGUAUGCCGGUAAUGGAUUUGGCUUUCCAAAAGCUUGUGGGAUUGUGACACAUACUGUCAAAGUGGGUUUUGAAGAUAUAUUGCAUCAUAAGCGAACUAGAGAUAAAAGUUUUGCUGAGGAAGAUUUGGGUUUUCCAUUAGGAAGGCUGAUGGGUAAUAAUAAUACAGCUAUUAGAUUUCCAUCUCGGAAUCCGAGUGAUAUAUUUCUGCAGGCUCUUAGAGAAUUUGUUUCAGAAAGACAUGGCGUCCUUGAGGAAGGUUGGCGUGUGGAACUAAGACAUUCCAUGAGCAGCUGUGAACUAUAUGCAGUUUAUUGUGCUCCUGAUGGGAAGACAUUUGACUCAGUGUUUGAUGUUGCUUGUUAUCUUGGCUUGAUGUCAAACUAUAAGUCUAUGGACACUGAAAUAAAACAUGAGGGGGCUUCUCUUCAGGAAAGAUUGCAUCUACCAAGAAAGAGGAAGUCAACAAGAUUUUCAAUAGCCAAUGGUUUUCCUGAAAAUAAGGAAAGCUUGAUAAGUGGCUAUUGCAAGGAAUUUUUUUCGUGUGAUGGUCAAGAAGUGGAAAUGUAUGCCAAUAAAUCUUGUACUAUGAAAGCCACUGAAGCUGUGCAAGAUGAGAAGGGUAGCUCUGGAUCUGAGCAAACUAAUGAUGGGCUUCCUGUGCAGUUUGAAGAUUUUUUUGUUCUUUCUUUGGGGCUAGUUGACAUGAGACCUUCAUAUCAUAGUGCUAGUUUGAUCUUCCCUAUAGGUUAUAGAUCUUGCUGGCAUGAUAAGAUCACUGGUUCCCUUUUUGUAAGUGAAGUGUUAGAUGGUGGUGAUUCUGGACCUAUUUUCAAGGUCAGAAGGUGUUCAUGCUCUGCAUUGUCCCUUCCGAUUGGGUCAACUGUCCUAUUUUGGCCCAAAAUUGAGCAAAUUUCUCAUCAGAAUAAUGAAGAAGGUGAUGCUACUUAUUAUAGUAACAAAGAGUUUGAUGAUGAUGGCAGUAUUCAGAUGAUCCUUUCAGAUCCUUGCCCGCCUAUGGAAACUGAUAUCUUGACUUGUCUGGGAAGUAGUUUGAAGGAAACUUAUGUUCAGAACUUUGACAGAUCCCAACUUGAAGCAGGUUUCAUUUGUGACAAAUCUGUAGAUCUGCUGAUGGACAAAAUUGGUGAAAUUUCAGUAGAAGAACGUUCCUCAUCUGCAGCAUGGAGAAUUAUAUCUCAGAAAUUUAUUGAUGCUUGCUCUGAGAUAUGUAAAAGAAAAGGUGCUCUGAAGUUUUUCUGCAAGCAUGCAGGAAAGGAAAUGGGGUCAUCAAGCUUGGAUAUGAUGGAUGAGAAGAACAAAGAAAUGUAUACUCCAUUAGCUAAGUUUUGUGGCUUCCCAGUCUCUCGCUUCAUUCCUUUUGAGUAUAAGACUGAUGAGCUGGAGAAUUUGGCUGAUGAACUGACACAAUGGCUGGACCAGGAUAGAUUUGGACUGGAUGCAGAAUUUGUACAAGAAAUCAUUGAAGAGCUUCCUGGUGUUGGGGCCUGUUCAGGAUAUGAAUCUCUGAAGAAAAGAAGUUCUCAUUCAGGAUCCUUUACCAUAAGAAAUGGUCUCCUGAAGAUUAAUACACAAGGUGGUCUUGAGUGCAAGGGAGAAAAAGGAUUCGAUGAUUUAUUUGGAAAGUCCAAAAAGCCCCGGUUGGCCGAUGACUGUGGUCCUCCUGCAGGGAAGUCAUUGUGCUUGAGACUUCCUCCUGAACUUGUUGGUGACUUUCAUCAGGUGUGGGAGUUAUUGUGGCGCUUCCGCGAAAUCAUUGGUUUAAAAGAACCUUUUUUAGCAAAUGAACUCGAAGAGGAGCUUAUCAAUCCCUGGUGUAAUCACUCAAAUUUGUUUCAUAAACUUGACAAUGAAAACCAGGGAACUGAUGUCCUGAGUUUAUUUAGAAUUGAUGGUAUGGGUGAACAAAAUGUUUCUCCAAGUCAUGGCUCUUGUAUGACAACUUCUAUGGAAAAUCCACUUUCAUUUAUACAGAUGGAAACAGGAGAAAUGAUGGAAGCUGACAAGGCUAGGCCUGCAUAUCUUAGUUACCGAAGAUGCUUUGGUAUGACAUUGACAAAGGCUCACAGCUCACUGUUAGGGGUGCUAAUAACUGAGCUGCAAUCAAAGGUUGCUGCACUUGUUGAUCCGAAUUUUGAUUCUGGAGAGUCAAGAUCUAAAAGGGGAAGGAAGAAAGAUUUAGAUAGUACAACUCCUGCUAAACGAGUUAAGCUCAGUGUGCUCCCAAUCAAUGAAUUGACCUGGCCUGAGUUAGCUAGAAGAUAUGUGUUGUCUGUCUUAUCCAUGGAUGGUAAUCUUGACUCAGCAGAGAUCACUGCCCGUGAGAGUGGUAAAGUUUUUCGUUGCUUACAAGGUGAUGGUGGGGUGCUUUGUGGUUCACUUACUGGGGUGGCUGGGAUGGAAGCUGAUGCACUCUUGCUUGCAGAGGCUACAAAGCGAAUUUUUGGUUCUUUGAACAUAAAAAGUGAUGUUUUGACCAUAGAAGAUGAAAGACCUGACGAAAAUGUUGCUUGUGAAAAGAAUGUUGUGAAUGAUGGUGAUAUUCCAGAGUGGGCAAAGUUGCUGGAACCUGUUAGAAAGCUGCCAACAAAUGUUGGAACCAGAAUCAGAAGGUGUGUCUAUGAUGCUUUGGCAAAAGAUCCACCAGAAUGGGCAAAGAAAAUAUUGGAACAUUCAAUCAGUAAGGAAGUUUAUAAGGGCAAUGCAUCAGGACCAACAAAGAAAGCUGUUCUUUCAGUGCUAGCAGAUGUUCGCAAUGAAUGUUUGGCACAAAAAUCUGAGAAGGGAAGAAGUAAAAAGAAGAUUGUUUUAUCUGUAUCUGAUAUUAUCAUGAAAGAAUGUCGCAUCAUAUUACGCCGUGCUGCUGCUGCUGAUGAUUCAAAGAUUUUCUGCAACUUGCUCGGGAGAAAGCUAAUGAAUUCAAGUGAUACUGAUGACGAGGGACUUCUUGGAUCUCCUGCCAUGGUAUCUCGUCCUCUGGAUUUUAGGACUAUUGAUUUAAGAUUGGCAGUUGGGGCAUAUGGUGGAUCACAUGAAGCUUUUCUUGAGGAUGUUCGCGAGUUAUGGAGUAAUGUUCACACUGCAUUUACUGAUCAGUCUGAUUUGGUUGAGUUGGCAGAGUCAUUAUCCCAAAACUUUGAGUCGUUGUAUGAACAGGAGGUACUUACCCUAGUUCAGAAAUUGGCAGAAUAUGCUAAAUUGGAAUGCUUGAGUGCAGAGGCAAAGAAGGAAAUAAAUGAUAUACUUGCUUUGACAAGUGAGAUCCCCAAAGCGCCUUGGGAUGAGGGAGUCUGCAAAGUAUGCGGUAUUGAUAAAGAUGAUGAUAGUGUUCUUUUGUGUGAUACUUGUGAUGCUGAGUAUCAUACUUAUUGCUUGAAUCCUCCACUGGCAAGGAUCCCUGAGGGGAACUGGUAUUGCCCUGCUUGUGUUGUCAGCAAACAUAUGGUUCAAGACACAUUGGAACGUUCACAAGUCAUCAUCCAACGGAGAGGUAAAAAGUAUCAGGGAGCGGUUACCUGUGGUUACUUGGAAGCACUUGCACAUUUAGCAGCUGUAAUGGAAGAAAAGGAGUAUUGGCAGUUUAGUAUAGAUGAGAGAGUCUUCUUGCUCAAGUUUUUAUGUGAUGAAUUGCUGAACUCAGCUCUUAUACGUCAACAUCUUGAACAGUGUGCUGAAACCACAUCUGAGUUGCAUCAGAAAUUACGUUCUGCCUAUGUAGAAUUGAAAAACCUUAAAUCUAAGGAAGACUUUGUGGCAGCAAGAGCUGCAAAGAUUGACAUAGAUAUGAUUAAUGCUGUUGCAGAUGUUGGUAUAAAGGAUGGUGAUGAUCAAUUUCCAUCAGAUGGUGGGAAAGAGGGUGCUAACCUUAAUGGUUCAAAUGAAAAUGCAUCCAGUACUUAUACAGAUAAAAGUUUUACCAGUAAUGGCCAAUUUUUGAAUCCAAUGGAUGCUAAUGCUCAUUUAAAGCAAGGCCAUUCCAUUGUGGAUGUCAGCAAAGUAUCUUCUCAAAAAAGUGAUAAAUCCUUUAGACCAAGUGAGUUGCCCGUUUCAAAUCAUUUGCCCCAAGAAAUUGAUAACUCAAGCAGAGAAACAGAGUUCCAGUUGAAGUUGGAAGAGUCUAAGAGAAUGGAUAUGGCUUCUCCACAUUCUCCUUCAGAUUGUAAUGGACAAUGUCUUCCAUCUGAUAUGACCAAUCUUAAUGCGGUUAAGCAAGUGCCUUCUGUUGCUGAGAACGAAUCACCAUCUUACCACCUUGAGUCGAACACCAUCAAGAGUGAAAUUCAACAACUGCAGGACUUAAUUAUCAGCUUAGAAUCACAGCUUUUGAAGCUAUCUGUGCGGAAGGAGUUUUUGGGAAGUGAUUCUUCUGGCCGACUGUACUGGAUUUCAGCCAUGCCAGGUGGGUACCCUCAGGUUAUUGUUGAUGGAAGUUUGGUGUUGCAAAGGAGAAGAAAUUUUCUGGGCUAUGAGGAUCGACUGCAUGACACUCCGGUUAACUGGAAUUAUACUUCUGUGAGCACAGAUAAUGGUACUAAGGCAGAGGGAUCAAAGGCUUCCUGUCCAUAUCUGUAUGAUGCCAAAGACGCUAUUUCAGUGGGUUCACCAUGGGUUGCAUAUCAAUCAGAUGCAGAAAUUGAAGGACUCAUUGAUUGGUUGAAUGAUAAUGACCCAAAAGAAAAAGAGCUGAAAGAGGCUAUUUGGCAGAAGCUAAAAUUCCAGGAUUAUCAAAAAAUGGAAAAACUAGUUCAGGAUGAGUGCCAAACUGCUUUUUCAAUGUCCAAUGGUUUUGAUAAAGCUUCUUUUUCUAGUUUUCUUAUUACUAAGGCAGCAAUGUUACUGGAGAAGAAGUAUGGUCCCUGCAUUGAGUCAGAAAUAACCGACUCCUUGAAGAAGCGAGGAAAAAAGGCAAAGGUGAUUAUUGAAGAUAAAAUGUACAGGUGUAAAUGCUUAGAGCCUGCUUGGCCCUCCAGAAAUCAUUGCAUCUCUUGCCACAGAACAUUUUUUAGUGACAUUGAAUUCAAGGAUCAUAAUGAUGGUAGGUGCAAUCUGGGUCCACCAGCUAAUGAGAAGGGUGAGUCAGUUCGUGAUCCUUUAAAAGGAAAGGGGAAUAUGAAAUUUGAUAUUAAUCUGGUAGAUUGUACUGUUGACAUGGAGGUUGUUGAAACUUCUAAAAGUGGGCAUUCUGAGUUGAGCUCCAGGUUGAUCAAAUUUCAAAAUGAAGGGAUUGUUUGUCCUUAUGACUUUGAAGAGAUCUGUUCCAAAUUUGUGACAAGAGAUUCUAAUGAAGAAUUAGUGCAGGAAAUAGGUCUUAUUGGUUCAAAUGGGGUUCCGUCGUUUGUCUCAUCUGUUACUCAUUUUGUUAGUGACUCUACAUUAAUUGCUCCUCCUCACAAGGUAGGGAAUUUAGUGGAUGAGUUGAAGGCUACUGAGAGGCAGAGCUUGUCAUCACAAGGAAACAGGAAUGUGGCUAAUGGAAUCAAUGAAGGCUUAUCUGAUAAUUAUUUUAGAAGAUCUGUUGCAAAUGAGAUUGAAGUGCAAAAGACCAAAAGACCAGCUUUGAGAUGUUUGGAACAAAGGGAUAGAUUAUCCUCUUCUGAUAAGUAUUCUCCUGCACUGGGUAUUAGUCGCUGCUGUGUAGUCCCCCAAUCUUCGUUAAGGCCCUUAGUUGGUAGGGUUUCACAGAUUUCGCGGCAACUGAAGAUUAAUUUACUCGAUAUGGAUGCUGCACUCUCUGAAGAAGCUUUGAGACCAUCAAAGGCUUGCAAGGAAAGGAGAUUGGCCUGGCGUUCAUUUGUCAAAUCUGCAGAAACCAUAUAUGAGAUGGUCCAAGCAACAAUUGUACUGGAGGACAUGAUUAAGACUGAGUACUUGAGGAAUGAGUGGUGGUAUUGGUCAUCGCUAUCUGCUGCUGCGAAAGUUUCCACUAUGUCUUCUCUUGCCCUACGUAUAUACUCCCUUGAUGCAGCCAUUGUUUAUGAAAAAUCAUUUGAGUUUAAUUCGAUUGACAAUUUGAAGCCCAGCAGCAUGCCAGACCCAAAGCCGCUCCCCAGCUUGGAUCUACCAGAGAAGUGCAAGGUAAGCAGGAAGACUAGCAAGAAAAGGAAGGAACCAGAAGGUUGAUAUUUGUGAACUAGGAUUUUCAAAUCUGACAAGAUCUUAUUUCAAUUGAACUUGAUCCCUGUGGUGAGGAAGCUGGUGGCAGGAAUGUCACAAGAAAAUCAGAGGGUCCUAGCAUCAGAACCAAAAUGUUUGCUUUACUGGUUCAGUAUUGACCUGACUGUUUGGACCUAGAGUUCUGCUGUCUUUGCCUCGUGUACAUAUUGACAAGGCUAACAUGCUAACGUGGAUGCUUUGAUCUAGAACCAGAAUUCAUAGAAACACCUAUGGUGUUGGAAGCACGAGGACCAAUUGAUAACUGAGAAUGCAUCCAAUUUUGGACUGAUUUCUGCUGCAUCUUUUUGAUGACUUGCGUGGGAAGCAUUAGUUCAAUUUGUCGCAGAGAGCAAGAUUUAUAUACAUAUAAAAUAUGAAUUAAUGUAAGAGAAGAAAAAAACGGAUAAGGGUUGAAGUUGAUCAGGUGUAGGCAAUAUUUGAUUCUUUAUACAUCUCUCUUUGUUUCUGUCCCUCUCUCUCUAUUCUUUUAUUUUUCAUCUGGUGAUCACUUAUGUGCUAGUUCCCACGAAGGAUCAAAAUCCAUGCUUUUUUCCUUCUCUUUCUAUGUUCAGUUUUUUCUUAGCUUUAUAAAGAUUACUCAAGUGCUGGCUGAUGUCUGAUGUGCUAUUUGAAUAACACCAAAUCUUCAUCUCUUACCUUCUAAAUGCCUUAUCUGACUGCUGACCAACGCAAA